UACGCAAGGAAUACCUGGAUCAUACGAUACGAAUAUCUAGAGACAAAACAUGAUUUGAGUGAUUGAUGAUCGAGAAAGAAGCUCAAAAGGUCUUGAAAAGUCGAAACGUCCAUCACUGAAAUUCGGUUUCAUGCCCUCAGAUCCCAUUGCUGAGUAGGACGCAGAUUUUCUUCCUUCCUACCAUUUCCUUUCUCUUGCUUCCUUUUUGGUCAUUUGAGAUAGCUUUAUCCAUCCUUUAGCAAAAAGGAAACCAAUAGCUAGCAAUACUUGCCAUCAUAUAUACCUGGGCAAUGGCCGGCCAAGCAAACUCAGUUCUCUACAUUGAACACUUCAGGUUUGAGUAGACAUGGCCUCUCGGUGUCUUGUUACCACAGGUUUUGAGGAUGAGUGCAGAGAGAUCCAUGAUGCGUGCAACCAGCCACGCCGUUUGAGCGUUCUCUUGGCUCAUCGGAGCCCAUCGGAGAGGCAGAAAAUCAAGGCGACUUACCGUACAGUGUUCGGCGAAGAUCUCGCCGGAGAAGUGCAGAAAAUCCUCAUGGUCAACCAGGAAGAUGAGCUCUGCAAGCUGCUCUACCUGUGGGUGCUCGACCCGUCGGAGCGCGACGCGAUCAUGGCUCGGGACGCCGUCGAGAAUGGCGGCGCCACGGAUUACCGGGUCCUGGUGGAGAUCUUCACACGCCGGAAGCAGAACCAGCUCUUCUUCACCAAUCAGGCAUACCUUGCCAGGUUCAAGAAGAACCUGGAGCAGGACAUGGUCACAGAGCCGUCUCAUCCUUACCAGAGGCUAUUGGUAGCACUUGCAACCUCCCACAAGUCGCACCACGAUGAACUUAGUCGGCACAUUGCAAAAUGUGACGCCAGGAGGCUCUAUGAUGCGAAGAACAGCGGCAUGGGAUCGGUCGACGAGGCUGUCAUUCUUGAGAUGUUCAGCAAGAGGAGCAUCCCACAGCUCAGGCUAGCAUUCUGCAGUUACAAGCACAUAUAUGGGCAUGACUACACCAAGGCACUGAAGAAAAAUGGCUUCGGUGAGUUUGAACAAUCUUUGAGGGUUGUUGUGAAGUGCAUCUACAAUCCUUCCAUGUAUUUCUCCAAGCUGCUGCAUAGAAGUCUGCAAUGCUCAGCGACCAAUAAAAGGUUGGUUACAAGGGCUAUUUUGGGCAGUGACGAUGUCGAUAUGGACAAGAUCAAGUCAGUGUUCAAAAGUAGUUAUGGAAAGGACCUUGAGGAUUUCAUCCUUGAAAGCUUGCCUGAGAAUGAUUACAGAGACUUUCUUUUAGGUGCGGCCAAGGGGUCAAGGGCCUCAUGAAGUCUGUGGAGAGAGAUCCUUGAAUUAUCUAGGGAAAGUAAAGGGUGCAUAUACUGCUUUGCAUGUAAGAGCAAAUUGACCAUCAAAAACAGCAGUUUUAUGUUAUCUGAGAAUAGGAUUUAGGUGAGAACAUCAUGCUCAUUUUGUUUAUUUUGGGUGAAAAAAGUUAUCAGUUCAACUAAACAAUUGUUUUGACAUUUGUGAUGGCAAAAUAGCCAAGCCUUAUCUUCAAUAGAUAAAACAUAGAAGUAGGGUACGCAUGUUUUGGUGGACUACGUUACAGAUAUAAUUUCAGAUGAGCUUCUUCUUUCGGAA